AUGAUUUCUGCGGCCAAACCAACACUAGUGUCGAUUAAAAAAAUCGAUUCUCUUCCAGAAAUCGCCCAGGCGAUGGCCCAUAUUUUUCAGGACGCUCAGAUGUCCUUGUCGGGCCAUAGGAAACUCGUGGUCCUCCUAAGACACCUCCAGAUCCGCGCCAUCUCUUUGGGUUACGAGGAGGCGUUCAACUUCCAUUUCACCAAGCUCAUUUCGAAGAUCUUGCGGUUGAAAAAAGGUGUUCCUGUCGCUGACCGGAUCGCCAAGCUUUGCUCCGUGUUUGUGGCGACGAUUUCCAAAGAAGAAGCUGAAAAUCCAACGCCGCGUGUCAAUGGCGCUUACUCAGAGGAUGGUGAAGAAUUGGAAAGUGUCUCGUCUGAGUUUGUGGACGCUCUCAUCCGCCAUUUUCUCCGAGGUAUCGAAUCCAAAUACAAGGAGGUCAGAUACAGAGUGGUGCAAUUGCUAGCCUAUUUGGUCAACUACAUCACUGAGAUUGAUGAACAGCUCUUCAAGGCUUUACAUUAUUCUUUAAACCGUCGUUUGCGUGAUAGGGAGCCCACGGUCCGGAUCCAGGCUGUAGUAGCAAUUUCACGUUUCCAGUAUUUUCUGGAAGAUAAGCCAGACGGGCAAAACUCAGCUACAAAAGCUUUGCUCAAGGCAUUAAACCAUGAUGAUUCUCCUGAAGUCAGGCGUGCGGCUCUUUUGAAUUUGGUGAAGAAUUCGUCGACCAUCCCGGACAUUUUGGGCCGUGCUCGAGACGUCAAUUUCAUUAAUCGCCGUUUGGUAUACUCGCGAAUCUUAAAAGAAUUUACUAGUUUCCAAAGCAUGGACCUGGCAUCCCGUGAAAAGCUUCUUCAUUGGGGGUUGAAUGACAGAGAUGCAGGUGUAAAGCUGGCAGCUGAAGCGGCCUUCACGAAAACGUGGCUUUCUCUUGCCAAUGAUGACAUUUUGCAAUUGCUCGAAAACAUCCAAAUAAUGGGUAGCACUGCGGCUGAAACCGCUAUGUCUGCAUUCUUUACCCUGAAGCAUGACAAGUUAACUGCUAUAGAGGUCAAGUCAGAUGACUGGAAGGAAUUGACGGUUGAAAAAGCGUUCUUCAUUCGCACAUUCUUUGAUUAUUGUACUCAGAACAAGUUGUAUGAUUUAGUGGAGCAGAAUUAUCCUGAACUUAUCAAGAUGGCAUUUAUCCUUCAAGAGUAUUUGAAGUUGAGAAGCAAGAUAUUGGAUCUGAACGCAAGUUUAGUAGAGCGUUAUGCGGUUCACAAAGGCAAAGUCGCUAAGUUCUCCCAGUUACUAAGGGAUAGCAAUGCUGAGAUUUUCGAGCUAAACAAGAAGAUAAAUAAAGAGACCUCUCAUAUUUCCCACUUGGAAUCAUCAAUAGCCGAUUUGAAAACGAACAUUGCUCUGAAGAAAAAGGCUCUAUCGAAGUUAGCAAACCAAAAGGAAUCAUCGAAUGAUAUGAAUUUGCAGGAAAUUUCCGAUCUCAAAAUCGAAAUCAAAGACUUAGAGUCCGAGUUGGAAGAGUCCGAAACGGCAAUGGAAAAUCUUUCCACGUCAGUGACUGGAUAUCAAGAAAGACUUGAGGCUGUAUCCAACAGCAUUAAUCAUCAAUCGAAUGAAAGAGACAAGUAUAUCGACUCUACUCUUGAUUUAGAAGAUGAGUAUCAACCUUUCGGAGAGCAACUCAAGGAAUUGGAAUUCAUUAUUGAGCAGUUGCUUUUGAUUAUUCAAGGAAGUGACUUUGCAGAUGUAGCGGGAACAAGAAGAUUGAUGCCGAUUAUCACCGCAUCUUUGACAAAUGAUAUGCUUUCAGAAAAACUCAUAGGAAUAGCCGUGAAUAUUUUGCGCAGAAUUUCCAUCGACGAGAACUACUUCUCAAGUCUUUGCACCGAAAUCAUUACUGAUAUUAGAGACUCUAAUGCAGAUGAAAAUGACGAAACCUUUGUUUCGGCCAUGUCCCUUUUCGAUGAGCAUGAAGGUCAUGAGGAAGAUGGGGAAGGUGAUAAUUUUCAGGAUGCGGAGGAAGAUCCCGAACGUGAUGAGGUCGAUUCGGAAGGAAAUCAAGAUCCUGGAAACAAGCGCAGAAAGCUUGCUCCAGUACUUCCGCCAGAUGAUUUACUCGAACAGUGUUUGCUUAUUCUCCAACAUUAUCUAGAAGUGGUUGAGGACACGCUGUCAAACAUUUACCAGCUUGAAUCAUUGAUUGAUACGUUAAUUAGGCCUGCAAUUUCCAACAAUGUGAAUCCGAAGAUUCGUUUAUUGGGUUAUAGAACUUUGGGUUUGUUUGCUCUCAUAGAUAAGGGUUUGGGCACAUCAAACUUGAAAUUCUUUGGAAUGAGUGCAUCGAAGGCACACGAUGAGGAGCUCAAGAUAUUGUCUACUAAGAUUAUUUUUGAUGUUUUGUCGACCCAUGGCGUCGGUAUAUUGGAUAGUGGUGAGGGAAACUCGGUUGAUUCCCUUUCUUUGGCCAGGCUUUUCUAUAGCUUGCUCAAAACUUACGAAAUGCCUCGCUUGCAAGCUGUAGUUGCGGAGGGGCUUUGCAAACUUUUUUUGGCAGACUUAUUAGUUGAUUUUGGUAAGGGAGAAAUUGGAAAAGAGGUCGAGGAAGAAGCUCAACAGGAAACGCAGUUGCUUGAGGUCUUGCUCUUAUCUUAUUUCCAUCCUUUGAAUGCAGAAAAUCAAGAGCUCAAACAGACGCUUGCUUUCUGUCUUCCUGUGUAUGCUUUCAGUCGUGAGAGUCAUCAGAAGAAGAUAUGUGCCGUGAGCGGAGACUGUUUCUAUCGUGUUUACCGCAAUGAUAGUGAGUUUAGUCGGUACGAGAACUUGGCGCCUCCAGCCACAAUGUUGCAACAACUCAUUUACUGGUGUGAUCCUGCGAACUUGGUUAAUGUAUCAGAAAAGGACGCCAGGGCUAAUCCAUCUCAUUUCUGGCUUGUGAUGAAUUUAUUGCAGGUUUUGGAGCAAGACUCUCCAAAGCACGUGAAGAAAUGUAUCAUCCAGAGUUUAAGUAAGAUGUCACUUUAUGAAGACUUGGGGUGCGAUUUGCUCAACGGCUUGAAAAGUGCUAUUGAUGACACGAGGCAAUUGAUUUCUGAUCGUAAAGAUAAUGCAGACUAUGUGUUGGACGCACCUACAGAAAAGAGCUUUGACAAGUUCCAGGCAGCGGUGAAUGAAUUGGUUACUAAAGCCACGCAGAAAGAAAAAGAGACACCACGUGCCACGCCCACGCCUUCGGAAAGGUCACGGGCCAACUCGGUUACGGAAAUGGCUGAAACCUCAUUCAAAGACGAAAACGACGACGGUCCCCAAGAACGAGAAGUGCAGGCCCCAGAAGUUCUGGUUGACACAGAGCAUGCACAGGGUGCAAAUGCGGAACAAGGUGCAGAGCCGCAGCGCGGCAGCAUCGAUAAUGAUCUCGAAGAAAUUGACAAGCUUCUCGCAACCGAAGAACAGGUUGAGUACGAUGUGGAUAUGGAAUAG